CAUUGAAAGCAAACAUGAGGUUACAAUUCUAGGAGGACUCAAUGAAUUUGUUGUCAAGUUUUAUGGACCACAAGGAACACCAUAUGAAGGCGGAGUGUGGAAAGUUAGAGUGGAUCUUCCCGACAAAUACCCUUUCAAAUCUCCGUCUAUAGGAUUCAUGAAUAAAAUUUUCCACCCCAACAUUGAUGAAGCGUCAGGAACUGUGUGUCUAGAUGUAAUUAAUCAAACUUGGACAGCUCUCUAUGAUCUUACCAAUAUAUUUGAGUCCUUCCUUCCCCAGUUGUUGGCCUAUCCUAACCCCAUAGAUCCUCUCAAUGGUGACGCUGCAGCCAUGUACCUCCACCGACCAGAAGAAUACAAGCAGAAAAUUAAAGAGUACAUCCAGAAAUACGCAACGGAGGAGGCCCUGAAGGAGCAAGAAGAGGGCGCUGGCGACAGCUCAUCGGAGAGCUCUAUGUCUGACUUUUCAGAAGAUGAGGCCCAGGACAUGGAGUUGUAGUAGAAAAGCAUCUGCUUUUCAGAAAGACUAUUAUUUCCUAACCAUGAGAAGCAGACUAUAAUAUUCAUAUUUAAACAAAGCAAUUUUUUUUAUUACUAAACAAGGUUUUUAUGAAUAAUAGCAUUGAUAUAUAUAUAUUAUAUAUCACCCUUUAGAUCUUGAUUUCUUGGUCAUUUCUCAACCUGAGGUGCAUAGCAUAUUCCCACAUUCCAUUUUGGUAGCAAUAUGCGGUCCGAAUGCAUGCAUUCAUAAGUCCAUUUGGCCAAGUCAGCCUGUGUGCUACUGAACUGUCAAGAAAUUGCCGCUCUGAUAGGUAAACACGAGUAAAACUAACAAGAAAAGGUUGCUUCUUUUUGUUGAUGGUUCCAAAGAAAAAAACCAAAUCUGCCAGCUCUUGGAUGAAGAUAGAGCAGUGCUUUUCCAGAGUGGAAGGGAAAGGUUGAGCGAAAAGGCGAGCUUUAGGAGCAUGCGAAGCUAGCCAUGUACACAUGAGCUAUCCCAAGCCCUCGUGGCCCUUUCUGAGGGGCGGUGUGAGACAGAGCCGAAGGAGAAGUAAGACUUAGAAUCUUUUUUUUUUUUUUUUUUUUUUUUUGGACUCAGAUUUAAGUGCAUUUUUCUAGGUAGAUUUCUGCCCUCUGGGCUGCCAGACCUGCAGCCACAUUGGUUUUGCUUUGGAGAACCUUUUGGAGUGUUUUCUGAACCCAGUUCUUUUUCUUGGGGUACAGCUUGUCAUCAGAACUUUUUUGAGAGAACAGGACUGGAGGAGAAAGGUGGAGGAUGCAAUUACAUCUAUCUGAUCCCAGCACUGGGCCCGUUGGAGACCACUGCCCUGGACUGAGCUGCAAAAACUGGAAGCAGUUUUUGUUUGAUGUUUUUCUUUUCUUUUGUUCCUUUUUUUUUUUUUUUUUAAUUUGUGUGAAUUGAACUUAGGUUACUGAUUUAAUUUUACCUACCAAGAGACAGUCUCCUCCCUGGACAAGGCACUCGGUGGACCUUCAGGUGGAGGAAGACCUGCCUCGAGGCCUGAGCCCUGCACGAUCCUUUGAACUCCAGUCUUAGUUUUCUCUCUGGCAGCUGCUCCUAGCAGCAGCCCGGUUGCCAACCGCUUCUGGGAGAGGGAAGUGUGGGUACCUGAGACCCAAAACAUCCUAAAUUUAAAGCGGGCAAUACUGAAUCAAAUGGAAGUUGUUGUACCCAAAGUGAUUUCAGGUGGGGAAGAACCACUUUGUUCUGUGACUGAUGAGGGAGAAAGGGUGUGAACUGGGACUAGGCAGAUUUCGGGGGAGGGGAGGGCCCUUCCUCCCUCUGUGGUAGCAGCAAGUCAGACAGCUGGAAGCCUGGCCUGCUGCUGCCCAGCGCCUGCUCAGUUAUCUGCCACCCAGAGUGCCCAGCAGUUCCCAUCUGACUCUGAGGGAUUUGGAGACAGUUUAGACAGCAGCUCUGUAUUCUUUUGCCGAAACCUGAACAGUAGAAGUAGCCAAUCAUAAGACCUUCUGAAGACAUUUGAAUGUCCCACUGGACUAACUUUUCUUUUCGACGUAUUUAGUGUAGAAGUGCUGUAUUCCACAGGGUUUAAGUCGGUGAGAUUGGGAGAUCUCUCUUUUUUAAUUCAGAAAGCACAAUCAGUCUUUCCUUUGAAAAUCUAUAUAAAGUACAACUUUUAGCAUGAUUAUUUUCCUAAAUAAAAAGACAAAUAAUUACUUAUUUUAUGUUGAUUACGGGCAUGAAGCAAAAGGUUUUCUUUGGGGAAAAUGCAGUCUGUGGGGCUGUGCUCGGUUCAUUGUACUGUGCUCUCGGGCACCCUGCCUGUUGGAAGGUGGCUUCAGCUGUGUGGUGUAACGCUGUGUGGUGUAACGCUGUGCUUGCCUGGCACGCUGUCUUCUGUCUGGGGAAGGAGGCUCUCUGCUAGUCUCCCACCUUGCUUCCCUUGAGGGCUAGCAGUUUGCUCAUGCUGUAACCUUUACUGUAGGUGCUACUUAGGGUAGGCUUGAAGUGCUGGGUGGUGAUUUUGAGUUCAAACAAUAAAAAAUUGUAUUUUUUCAAUACUGUAUAAAAAUAGUAUUCUAAUUACCUUUCCAAAAAAAGGUCCUGAUAAUUGCUUUUGAUCUUGUUGAAAAAAAUACAAAGCAAAAAGUCCAACAAAGCAUAAGAGUCAAGUUUAGGGACUGGGUGUGAGCAGCUACUGCUGACCCUUCCAGAACCCACAUGGCUCCAAUAAAGACAUCACUCCCCGUGCAGAGCAGCAGCAGUGCGAGCUGACUGUGCAGAGAGGCCCAUGGGGAUCCAGCCUGGGGCUUGAGGCUGCAGGGAAGUCCGUCCAGCCGAAUAGUGAAGGUUUUGCAGCACUGGGAGUUGAUGACUGCCCCCCAAAUCACUACCCUCAACUUCCUGGCUCCAGUUCUGAUUCCAUUCACAUUGCUGCUCUCUGGGCCUUGACCCUGUUAGGAAACUGACUUUGCAAGCUUUGUGGCCCACCCUUGCCCCUUGGUGAGGUUGGGGCUACAUGACCAUACCAGACCCAUAAGUGCAAAGGACCCCGAAAUAAAGUCUGGCUGUGACUCUUGGGAACUCAGUUACCAUAGAAAAUAGAUGAGCUCUGCAGCAUGGCUGUUUGGGCACCGAAACCCUCUCUAGUUACCUGUGGGUGUCCCUCCUAACACCCAAGUUGACACCGAGCCCUUGCUUUGGAAGGGGUAGCAGUAAGUCAGAGCUGUUGCUGGCAUUUACAUCCUUUGUACCAACCAGUUUUGAGGUCCUACCUUGUGGUUUACCAGUGGGAGCCAUUCUCUGCCCCCAUUCAGAUGACUCUUGCCAAACACCGACAAGCCAAGUGGCUGCUGCCUGGCAGCCCAAACCUGCCACGUUCCUGGAGCCAGUGAGCUGUGUUUUGUGAUUGCCAACAUAGACCCUGGCAUUUGACAUUUUUGUCAGCAGUCUCCACCCUUCUCUACUGUGCAGCUUCAACCAGCAUUUCCUAUUAAUGAGAAAGUUCCCAGAAGUUGCCACAUCUCUCCAGCACUAAUAUUUUUGUCCACUUCAAGCGCUGUUCUAAUUGCCAACAGGCUGAUCUAGGCUCCUGAGGGGUGCAUCUUCUCAGAGGAACUGUGCCCUGGAAAGGGCUCCCCGAAGUUCUAGUUGGCCUUGACCUGAUACUUGCAUUUUCUAGGCCACCUUUUGGGGUGGCUAAGAAUCAUGACAGAUCCGAUGCCAGCCUAGUCUCUGGGUCAGGUUUCUGAGAGCUGGCAUUGGGUUUUAGAUGGCAUGUGGCCCCUGUAUGUUUUAGUGACUCAGAAAAGUAAAGCCAUUUACAAAAGUUAGCAAAGAGUUUUUCUUUGUUUUGUUCACUUCUAAUUGGGUCAUAACCUUGCUGAGUGAAAAAAUCAACUCAUUUCUGAUUGGGCACAAAGAACCAAAUUUCUUUGGACUUCUGAAUCUACGUUUAUUUUCCUUUGGCCACUGAACACCUUGGCUAGCUCUUUAGGGAUUGGAUGAAGUGAAGGCCCAUUGGGGUCAUGGGUGUGCAGCUUUCCACCCACCUGAGGAAUGGCCAUGGCUCUUGGUUUAGCAGUUACUCGGCUGUGGGCGUGGGAAGAAAUGGCCUUUAAUUACUGAUUGUAUUUGGUACACGUUGUGUGAUACUUGAAGAGAUAAAAGGGACUUACCAGCCCUUAAUUGAAAUCUAAGCUUUUUACUGCUUUUCCCCUCCUCGCCCUGUCUCCUCUCUUCCAUCGUCCUUGCAUUGUGAUGAUCUAGUGGGCAUGUCUGUCACCUGGACAAAUGCCUCCUCUGACUAUAACCUCUUAAUAGUUGUGUAUAAUGAAAACUGUAAACUUUUUUAAAUAAAAUGUGUAUAUACCUUGGCAAA